GGGGUGUGUGUUUAGUCGGUCGCUGUAGCCCCCGGGCAGGGGGUUGCCGGUACGGAAGAGCGCCGACAUGGACCAUUAUUGGUCAUCAUGGCCAUUGAAUUGCUAUGUUCGUAUCAUAUUGACGUUGAGACCUGGCAAUGGUCGGAAUGUCGCUUCUAAUGAAUUACGAUAAAUAUCAUGUUGCUCCUCUUUCGUUUUUGUUUUCUUUGUUGUAUCUCACAAGAUAUUCAUUGUUCAUCAUAAUCACUUAACUACCUAUCUUUUCAAGUUUCGAUCUUACAUCAUAAUCCAGUACUAUCCAGCAACCAUUCAGCAAUUAUCAGCAACUUUCAGCGAUUUUCAGCAUCUAUCAUCAUGUCUCGCGCACUCCUAAUUACCGGGGCCACUGGAAAACAGGGCGGCGCUGUUGUGAACGCACUAAACAAUGCGAAUGCCGAUUUCGAAAUCCUAGCUCUCACGAGAGAUUCUCAAUCGGCAUCCGCUCAACGACUCCAACGAAAAUUCCCUAAGAUCAAGCUCGUGACGGGAAAUAUGGAUGCACCCGACGAUAUCUUCGCCAAAGCCAAGGAGUUAACCAAGGCACCUAUCUGGGGAGUCUUCAGUGUACAGCAGGCAAUUGGCGGUGGUGCUACCCACAAAACUGAGGAGGUGCAAGGGAAGGCCCUGAUUGAUGCAUCGCUCAAGAAUGGCGUCAAGUAUAUGGUCUACUCUUCAGUUGACAGGGGCGGCGACAAGUCGGAUGAUAGCCCGACGGAUGUCCCACACUUCAGCAGCAAGCACAACAUCGAACAGUACCUCUAUGAGAAGACAAAGGGUGGAGAGAUGCAAUGGACUGUUCUUCGACCCGUCGCCUUUUUCGAGAACCUCGUGCCGGGCUUCAUGGGCAAAGUCUUCGCCACGAGCUGGAAGAUCACUUUGGAGAAGAACCAGAAACUGCAGCUGAUCGCCACCAGCGACAUUGGGUUUUUCGCCGCCCAGGCUUUCCUGAAACCGGAGGAGUAUAAGAAUAAGAAGAUCAGUCUGGCAGGUGACGAACUCACUUACGACCAAUUUGCGGCUGUCUUCAAGGAGAAGACCGGUGAUGAACUACCAACGACGUUUCAUUUCAUUGCGGCUUUUAUCAACUGGAUGGUCAAGGAGCUCGGAUAUAUGUUCAGAUGGUUUCGCAAUGUUGGAUAUGGUGCGGAUAUUGCAUCUUUAAAGAAGAUGAAUCCCGAUCUCAAGGAUUUUGGUACGUGGCUAGCUCAGGAAAGUUUGUUCAGGACUCGACCUUAAGUCGGGGGCCUGCGUGGGAUAAUAUAAUAUAAGAAUAGACAAUUUGCGUAAAUAACAACGGCACUCGCUUCAAA